CGGAGGGGGCGGAACCUGAAGUAACCUCUCUCGAGGAGAGGCGCAGGUGUGUAGGCUGACCAAGGAGCAGGGCCUGGGCCUGUGGCCUCACAGAGGCAGACCUGCUCUGGGAAGAGCACCCAGCUGUCCCUCCCAGGCCACCCAGGCCCCAUGGAGGAUGGAUGAGAGGGAGGAGGGUGACGAUGAGGAAGCCUGGCUGCAGCUCCGGCCCGUGGAGCCCUUGCCCUCCCAGUGCUGUGGCAGUGGCUGCUCGCCCUGUGUGUUUGAUCUCUAUCACCGCGAGCUGGCCAGGUGGGAGGCAGCGCGAGCCAGCAACGACAGGAGCCUGCUGAGUGGGGAGGAGCCACAGAGCUGCCUGUCCAAGCUGAGCCCAGAGACCUUCCUGGCCUUCCGCAUCAGUGCCGUGGACAGACUCACCAAGGACACUUACCGUGUUCGGUUUGCACUGCCCAGGAACAGCCGGCUUGGCCUGCGGCCCGGACAGCACCUCAUCCUACGAGGGAAAGUGGAUGACUUAGAAAUUCAGAGAGCCUAUACGCCCAUCAGUCCUGCCAACGCAGAAGGAUACUUCGAAGUUUUAAUCAAGUGCUACGAGACUGGGCUGAUGUCCCGGUACGUCAAGUCCUGGAGCGCAGGAGACACCGCUUUCUGGCGAGGACCAUUUGGAGACUUCUUCUAUAAACCGAACCAGUACGGUGAGCUCCUCAUGCUGGCUUCAGGCACUGGCCUGGCCCCCAUGGUGCCUGUCCUGCAGAGCAUAACUGACAACGCAGAGGAUGAGACCUUCGUCACCCUGGUCGGCUGCUUCAAGACUUUCGAGGGCAUCUACCUGAAAACCUUCCUCCAGGAGCAGGCCCGUUUCUGGAAUGUCCGUACCUUCUUUGUACUCAGCCAGGAGAAGUCCCUGGAGAACCUUCCCUGGAGUUUCCGGGAGAAGACGCGCUUUGGCCGCCUGGCCCAGGACCUGGUCGAAGAGCUGGUUGGCGCCUGUCGGAGAAAGCCGUUUGCCCUGGUCUGUGGCUCAGCGGAGUUUACUAAGGACGUGGCCAGGUACCUGCGGUGCGCUGGCCUGGCUGAGGACUCCUACUUCCUCUUCUAGCCCUGGCCGGGGCCCAGCCCUUGGGACACUGGAAGAAGCACGGACUUGAGUCAGAAAACACAGUCAGCAGGCCUCCCCCGCCGCUAACUGUCCAACCGACCGAGGCGAAGGUCUUUACCUGUGUGCACCUCCACCUCUCAUCUACCCCACCAGGUGGCCAACACCUCAGGCAGACGCACUGCUGUGUGGGGGGAAGAUGGGGCCGCAGGGGCUCUGGGGAGGAGAGCGACCAGCCUGCGAGUCCAGGCGGACUCCCUGGAGGAAGUCAGGUCCAUGCUAAGCCCCAGGAUGGAUAGGAGUUGGCAGAGAAGGUGUAGGACGAGCAUGCCAGUUUCCUCAGAUUAGAGGGCUUGGGGACCCCCGUCUGCCCUGCCCUGUAACCGUCUGCCAAAGUCUGCUCUCCCUGGAAACUGUGUCCCUGCUGUGGCCCCAAGGCCGGCUCAGAUACGUUGCUUGCCCAGUGUCUAGGGAAUGAGCAUAGGGGUAGCUCAGAGUCCUUUGGAGGAGGAACCUGCCUUGUGGGCCUCUGGUGCCUCAAGCCUGGACAACGGUCUCAGGUUCUGUGACCUGAUCGCAUUCUCCGAGCGAGGUGAGCCCUGGCUUACUUUUAUUUGGUAUUGGUCCCAGGCCUUUGCGGCUGCACACGGCUUCACUCUCUGUCUCCCUUCCCCUGUCUCAAGAGCCCAGCCCAGAGCCCUAUCCUGAGCAAAAGAGAUUCAUACAGAAACAAACACCCCCUCCUUCCUCCCUGGGCUGCCAGCUCAGCCCGCCUUCAGCUCCUCCAGAGCCCUGGUGACGGUUGCUAUGGAGAUCUAAAGAUAGAGCAGGAGUCAGGAGACCUGGGUCCUUCUCCCUGCUCUGCCCACCGAGCAGCUGCUGAUUCCGCUCCACCCCCGCUGCCCUCCCCACCCCGCCCCUCCAUCCCCUGUGGGGCCGGCCCCCCCCAGGGACCUGGCACUCCUGGGCAGCGCGCUGCAGGUACUGAAUUCUGGUUUCCACCGCCUGGGCUCCACUGUGCCCAACCAGUGGGCACUCCUAGAGUCAGACUAUUAAGCCAUGAAGUCUCGGCAUCAGAGAACCGUGGAAUCAUAGACUUAGAACUUUAUAGUCAUGGAAUCACAGCCCUCCUCACACCAGAGAGUGACGUUCAGGACUCCAGAAAGCAUCCCAUCUGAUGGGCUCGCUGUGUAAAUGGGCAAACUAAGGCCCAGUGAGGCUAAGAGGUUUGUCCAGGGUGAAACAAUUCACGGCAGACUUGGCAUUAGAAGCCAGGUCUCCUGAUGCCACCUCUACCAGGAGUUGUGUCACCAGUGAUUUUCAAACUGGGCUCUGUAGGACACUAGGGUUCCUGGCACGGCAGCAGUGAAGGGACAGCCAGGUGGGAUCUCCAGGCCCCCUUCAACCUUCACCUGAGCGGUUCUGUUUUCAUCCCAUUGAUAUAUUGGGUUAUUUCCGCUUGUGAAGUCAGGUUUUCCUGCGAUGUCCAAAAAGUCACAGCAAAUCUCCGUGCUGUGCCCUGUUCACUAAACAACCAUGGCAAGCAGAUGGGGGAUGGUGCCAAAGGUCUCAAACUACAUUUCAAAGGCAUGGGGAACACUGCCUGUGACCUCCGUCAAGAAUCCUAUGCACAUUAGCAUAUGAAAGGCUCUGAAAAGUCCAAUGGUAAAGAAUUUUUUUUUUCAUUUUGUUUAACUCAGAAUUUGCCAAGCUGAUUUAACUACAGAACCAUUUUACCCACCAGAAUCUUCUGAGACCAGCAUUGCACGGACUGUGCUUUGGGACACACUGGUCUGUUGCUCAGCCUCUUUCCAGCUCGGUGUACUGAGUGGGAAGGCCUGCGCUGAGACUCAGAGGUCCCAAGUGGGAGCCGUGACCUCUUUCCAAAUCCCCUGUGACUUGGGCAAGACACUUCUCUCUCCAGGCCUCUGAAAUCUGAGUGUUUUCCACCUGCGUCCCCUCCCCCAGUGCAUCCUACUGAUGCUACUCACAGAUCCUCCUGGAGGGCCUGUCACGAGCCAGACUCUGUUCUGGCACCAGGGAAACCCCAGUAAAUGGCAGAUGAGUUCUGGUCGCUCUGUUGCAGAGCUUAGAGCCCAACACGGAUACGGAAAUGAAACGUAAUUCUAAAAGGGAGGAGUGUGCUAGAAAGGGAAGCACGGAUGCUAAGAGAGCAGGUGGCAAGGGCUUUUAGCCUAGCUCUUGGGUGACCAGGGACAUGCCCCUGCCCGGAGGGUAGAGGCUUCAAAGGCAAUACUGUCACUGAGAGUUACGGUUGGUAGGGAGUCCCCGCUUCAGAGAUGGUGGCCUGGGGCAGUUCUUUUGUGUCUUUGCCCCAUUUUAUAUGUUAGAUGUUUGAAUGUUAGACACAGCCACACAGUGCUAACCAGCGGCCCCUCUCGUCCUCCCCUUCCCCUCACCCCACAUGGCGUCCGUGCAGUUUGGAUACUGGCGGCGUCUCCUUUCGUGGGACGUUGGUGGGAACCCAGCCAUGCCCUUGGUACCAAGAUGCCAAGAGGGCCUCUAUCAUCCAGAGACUUGCAAGCUGGUGCCUUGCAAGGCGAUAAGUGAGCCCAGCAAGGGGACUGGUUGGGGUGGAUGAGGGCGGACUCUUUGACCUGGAGGGGAGGCUCUGUCAGCUGGCCGGUCCUGCCCAUCCUCCUGACGAAGCCCUCCCCACUGCCUGUCAUCGGGGGGUGCUCACAGUCGGGGUGAUGGCAGCAGAAGGACCCCUGCCUGCGUUCGCCCGCACAGUGUCCCGCCUGCACGGCUUCCCCGCCCCCAGUCUCCCAGCUCGUCCCCUCACGCCCUCCGUGCUACAGCCAAACCUGGUCUUUCAGUUGUGGUAAGAACACUUAACGAGAGCUAUCCUCUUAGCAAAUUUUUGUGCACAGUGCACUAUUGUUGACUGAAGCUACAGUGCUGAACAGCAGAUCUCCAGGGCUUGUUCAGACUGCCUUUUUCAACACGCAGAUAUGAGCCUGUCACUCCCUUGCUUCAAAUCCUUCAGAGACUCCCUGUUGACCUAGGAUGCAGCACCUCCGCUCUGCCCGUCUCUCCAGACUUUGGCCUGUCCGUGGCCCUCGCCCCCACCUCGUAGGCUUUGCACCUGCUCUCUGGCCAGCGUGUCCCCUCACAUUUGCAGCUCUCUGCGCCCGGGCCAUCCUUCACCCUCCCCACUUCCACUUGCUUUUGCCUCCUGGUCCCUUGAGGGCUUAGCUCAGUACCCCUCCCUCUCAGAAGCAGUGCCUGCCUCCACCACUCCAGGCUCAAUUAACGAGCAGGUUCUGUGUGUCCUGCUGUUGCUGCACCUCUCAGACCGUCUCGUCUGCACGUGAGCACACCAUGGUCCGUCCCAGGGCCUGUGCACGGUGUCCCCAGUGUGGGAGGGGGUGUAGCAGGUCUUGAGUGCCAAGUACCUGCAUGACAAACCGAGGAUAUUCACGGGGUACUUUACAGGGUACAAAAUGCAUGCACCUCGUGGCCACCAAAAUACAUGCUAUUUUAUUACCCCCACCUGCUGAUGAGGAAAACCAAGCUUCCAAGACAGUAAGCAAUUCUACAAGGUCACAUAGGGGUGCACGCUUUCCAACAUGCUGCAGUUGUUACAGAGGUUAUAGGUGGCACGUGAGAGCACCAGGAGAUGUGUGUAAAGGUUCUCAUUGCUGCACCGUAUGAAAUAGCAAAGAAUCAAAACUACCCAUAUGUCCAUCAAUAAGAGGCUAGAGAAAUAAACUUCUAUGUUGAUACAGUAAAACAACAUAGAGCAGCUAAAAUGAAGGAACUAGACCUACAUGUGUCAACAUAGACUCAAAAAAAAAAAAAAAC